AUGAAAGAUGCUAUGUUAACGAAAGCGGCUGCCAGGUCACAUAAAGAAGUUGCUAAAUUGAGAAAGGCAUUUAAAGCAGGUUUGGAACCACCUCCUAUACCUGAUGGAAUAGUUGACUUCUUGCGGCAAAACUCCCCGUCGGUGGAAGUUAACAUCAGAACAAAUAUCCGAGGUUGUUUUGAUCUUGAGCAGUUUGAAGAAUCUAUAAAGGGCGCAAAGAUUAUCAAAUAUCAUUCGAAAUUUGCUGCACCUGCAUCCUCCUCUGCUUCACAUGCUUCUGCCUGCCGCACCUCUCUCAGCCUCUGCUGCACCUCCCAAUCUUCAUCUUUGUCGUGCUAA